GUGUAGCUCCACUUUCUUCAUUCUCUUCUAUAUCGUCAUUUUUUUUUUUUUGUUAUGCUUCUCAUUGCUUAUUUACGGUUAUAGCCUUCUGGUUAUGAUAGCUUGCACACGGCGUUCUCGUGCUUCUCCACCUCUCGGGUUCCCUCGCGCUAGAUAUUUUAGGUAUCGCCGAAUGAGGUAGAAAGCCAAAACUACUCAAAUUCCAAAUUUGCCCCUCCCUGUAAAUAUUUUUUAUCCUUAGGCUACUAAGGAUAAAAUACAUGCCAACCUCGAAGAACAACCACCGUAACGGCCAGAUCGAGAAUCACCGGCGGGGGAGGUUAGGAGAGAGAUCUUCGUCUUUUCACGGUCACAUAUCGGAGUCCGCCAUGUCUGCCAACCAAAUCCGGCGCCCGAAAACGGUGCCGGACCUUAUAUUGGAGAGGACGCGUGCGGCGGCGACGAAGACGGUGGUGGAGGUUGUGCCGAGACAGCCACCGAAGUUGCUGCUGAAGGUGACGAUGAUGGGGAGCCUUGGCCCCGUGCAGGUGGUGAUGAGACCGGAAUCGACCGUCGGAGAUUUGAUAGCGGCGGCGGUGCGCCAAUACGUCAAGGAAGGUCGCCGCCCAAUCUUGCCGUCCAACGACCCUUCCCACUUCGAUCUCCAUUAUUCCCAGUUCAGCUUAGAAAGUUUGGAUAGGGAGGAGAAGCUGAUGGAAAUUGGAUCUAGAAACUUUUUUCUUUGCCCGAGGAAGUGUAGCGGCACGGUUGACAGUGGGGGUGGCAGGGAAGGUAACUCAACGACACCGUUUGGUUCGUGUUCGAAAGAGGCUGACAAAGCGAGCAAGGGUGGUUGGUUGAGGUUCAUGGGAUUUCUUCUUGUCAAAUGAUUGGGUCGUACUGGUUUGCCGCUGAUGCCAGCCUGUUUCGAGUAAUUUUUAUUUUUAUUUAUUCUUAUCUAGAAUGAAUGGCCUUUUCCUUUGUAAAAAAACGAAAAAUAGGUCCGGCUACUAUCUGUAGAUUUGUGGGCACGGAAUGCAACCCUUCGUUAGGGGUGUGCUUGAAUUAAACUGAAAUUUUUAAAGAACUAAAUUGUAUUGAUUUAAAUCAAUU